AUGAUUUUUACAAAAAUAAAUGUUAAUACAGCAGCUAUUCAAGAUUUAUCAGGGUUCUAUAAUUUUACAAACUGUGCAUGUACUGUUCUAAGAUGUUUAGAGCCUUCGUUUUAUGAAAUUAAUCAAAAUCAAAAUGGAGAUUUGGCAGUAACCUAUCUUUACACUACAUUAGUAGCACGUGGAAAAGCAACAUUGGUUAAUAAUGGACAGCAAACACAAGUAUCCCUACAAUGGUCUCAAACGGAUUUUUAUACAAAUUGUACAGGUACAUGGAUACCAACAAAACGAACAAUCGAUUUAAAAUGUGGAGAUCAAUUUCGAUAUUGUACGGGACAAUUACAAUGUCGUGGGAAUAGUGGAGCAUGUGCAAAAAAUAAUUCAAUGACACUCAAUAUUCAUUAUGUUAGUUCUUUUUGGAAGAUGAUUAUUAGUACAAUAUUCUUAUUGUUAAUUAAAAAUAUCAAUUCCUAA